AUUUCAACAUAUUGUUUUCGUUGAGCUUUGUCGGAAUUGUAGUUUAUACAUCUUAAUACCAAGUUGGUUUAAUGUGGAUCAUUGUAAUAUUAUUUUUUUGGUGAUUUCCCCUUUCUGUACAAUCGUUCAACAACACAAUGAAUUCAUAACUUGUGGUUGUAUACAGUAUGGAAGCUGUUCAACAAUGCCAAGAUAUUGUGCAGUUGCUAACUGUCGUUCAGGACACAAGCCGACGAUAUGGGACAGGGAAAACAAUAAGCUUACCCCACGAUUAAGCGUUUUUCGAUUCCCCGGAAAUAAAGCAAGCAAGAGAAAAUGGGCUGAAGCCAUUGGACGGAACGUGGAAAACCUGAACGGGGUCAACUGUGGCAUAUGCGAAAAGCAUUUCCGUCCUCAUGAUUUUCGUGUGGGUGCUAACAGACGCGGCAAGGAUCGGAAACGGCGACUUCUGAAGAAAGAUGCUGUGCCGUUUGUGGAACUCGCAACAGGCCGCUCAACACCUCGUCCGACGAAAUUUGCAGACCCAUCGGCACGACGACUCCGACAGGAACAAGAGGCCGAAAACCGGACACAGGCAUUCUUUGCUGACGACCAGAUACAGAACCUUGCUGAUCUCUGUCAGAAACUAAAAAAGGAGCACCUGCCCGUGGGCUUCAGGGUGGCCGAAGUCAACGUUGAAGACGUGACAGUGAUCAGCAUAAGAAAGGAGGAAGUUACAGAACCGGCUGGCAUGCCCGUUAUAACCCACAACAUCACCAUAUACGACGACCUUCGCUUCAAGCUGCACUGCCAAGGAACUGAUGUUUCGGUCAAGACAGUCUCUGAUAUCUGCUGCGUGCCUGGAGCGUUUUCAUCAGUGUCAGAAGUGCUGAACGUGAUUGCACGUCUGAAGAGUGUCACUGUGACAGUUGCUGCUCGUCUGUCGGCAGCCGCGACGCUCCUCGACACAAUCGCCGAGUCCAGCGAUGGCGAUGUCUGCCCAGUAGUCUCCUUCUGCGCUGAACAACUGCGACUAGUCGCGAAGCCGGCGAACAACAGACGGUGCUCUCAGGAGCUUCUGGGGAACGCAGUGAUUUGGGAGAGAAUGAGUCCCAAAUUGUACAGCACACUUCAACAGUCGCCCUUGCUCUGCCUUCCGCACUCAAAAACGCUCCGUCGACUUACAUCUGCACUGCAGGUUAGCGCCGGACUCGACAGCACGACAAUGGCGUACCUCCGUAUGCGAGUUGAAAAGUUGGCGCCACGAGAGCGGCUUAUCAAUAUGGCUAUGGAUGAAGUCUACUGCGCCCAGACGAUGGAGCUGGCCGGCGGGCGGCUGUUUGGCGAGCAAGAUGGAGCUAUCGCCAAGACUCUGUUCUGUGUCCAUGUGAACUCUGUCGCAGGAACAUACCAGGACAUGAUAUGCAUGCAGCCAGUCCCUCACGUCAAAACAUCCGACAUCAAUGACAUCUUCAACAAAACGCUGAAGGGGCUGACCGAGCUAGGACUCACUGUGGUGUCGGUAACAACUGACAACCACCGCACGAAUCAAGCGUGGCACAGGUCACUCGGCACGGACGGUCACCACCCGGAAUACGUGAUAAAUCCAUACUCUGAUGAUGAGGAGAAGAUUUUCACGCUGUACGAUACAGUGCACGUAUUUAAGAACCUCUAUUAUGGUAUGAUGAGGAACAAAUCACUCCGUCUUCCGCCUCUCCCUGGUUCAGAAGACCAGCGCGACCUAGAAGUCAGCUUCGAUCACUUGAAGAGGAUCCAUGAGAUGGAGUAUGGCAACCCGGCCAAGCUUGCGUACAAGCUUACGGACAGAGUCUUGAAUCCAUCAGUUCUGGAGCGUGUCAGUGUGAAGUUGGCAGCGGCAGCCACGGACCAAACAACGACUGCGGCCCUACGGUACUUCGCUGAACACCGGCCUGACUGUGCAGGUUUCGCCGACACUGCAGCUCUCCUUGAAUUCAUCAGACGGUGGUUUGAUGCAUGUAACGUUAAGUCGGCGUACGCAGCGCAACGACUGAACGACAAGAGCCGCAUCGCACUGCGAGCUGCAUGUGACGACAGCGAGAAGUCACUUGGCUUCAUCGCGAGCUUUGGUGACUACAUGCGUGCCGUUCUCGACAGCGGUGCUCCGAUGACAAAGGACACUUGUAUGGCGGUGUUUUAUACCUCAAGGGGUCUUGUCGCCCUGGCACGGUACCUUCUGUCAACAUAUCCAGAUCGGCUAGAGUACGUUCUCACGGGGAAAAUUCAGUCGGAUCAGAUUGAAGGUCGUUUUGGGCACCUGAGGAAGCUCGCCGGUGGGAACUAUUGGGCAAGCGUGCGCCAGUUCUGGGAAAAUGAAGCCAUCAUCCGCACAACAGGGCUGGUUUGGUGGUCGGGCUUCACCGUGGCCGAAAUCGCUUCAAGAAUGGACAUUCCAAGACAGGAGAAAGGGGAGGAAGACAGCGAGACGGUACGCCAUCUGUCAACACUGAUCACAGCAAGCGACAUCGAAGACGACCUCGAUGACACAACCGAGGCUGCGCUCGGCUACAUAGCCGGCUACCUCGCGCGCGCAGUCACCAAAGACAACAAGUGCGAUUCCUGCGCAGAUCUGCUGAUCGACAGACGCUCUCCACCACUGGAGGUUCGCUUGGCGGACAACCUGGAUCAGACGUCGUUGCUCAGCAAUACUUUCAUCGGCCUGUUAGAUCGAGGGAAGCUGAUACGACCCACUUCCACUGCAAUCGACAUCGCUUCCAGAAUCUGCUGUGUUUGGAGGACUCUCGUCAAAGAGCAGAGCAGCAGGCAGCGUCUGUUCGGCAGCAACCUGCCGCGAGCAGUCUUCGUGAAUGUGGUGAGUGAAGUCAUCACAUCGGCCGAGAACGUGACUGUCUCAGACAUCAGCUGUGAAGGAGGCCACUGUCUUGCAACUGUAGUAUCGCGUAUGGCAGGCUCCCUAUUCAAUUUGUUCGCCAGCAACAUGGUCAGGGACGCCAACAGCCGUCUACACGGAAAAUGGAAGCGUUCCACAGACCCCGGCGCCAGUACCAGUAAGGAGAGAUGCUCUAGGGAAGACCAGAAGCGCCGCAAGUUAAGUGGGAGUAAGAAGACUUAGGACCAGCUCGGCUCCACUGCAUCUGCAGGCGCUGACUGACAGCGUUAUCUAGUGGCCGAUAUUUAAGUUACCUUUGUGCACCGGCACAGUAUGCCUUCAGGCGCUGACUCACAGUGCCAUCUAGUGGCCAGUAUGUACGUUACAUUUGUGCGCCGGCACAGUAUGGCUCAGCGCGACCCGGGUCAAACGUAUAUACGCCCGCCGCCAGUUCUCCGUGUUUUGUCCUGUUAGUUUCUGGAGCUGGAAGAGUGACAUCGCAGGAGCGUCACAGUUCCAAUAGUGUAUCAUUGUGAUCAAUUUCUGUGAUAAUUGUGGCUUGCAUUCAUUGUAUUACGAUUCAUUGUGAUGUGCGAAUUAUCAUAAACAAGCAACCACUA